AUGUAUCCACUGCUGUGUACUGCAUUAGAUUCAACAUCUUUGAUCUCAAUACUUCCUCACUUCCAGGAGGAAAUUAACCGCGUCAACAAGGAAGCCGAAAGUCUGCAACGGCCGGCGCAGGAUGAGAAUGAACUGCCUCCGGAGCAAGCGAUCGCACAGGUUGCGAUGUGGCUCCCGGCAGUUGGUAACAGCGCCAUUCAAAUGCAGUCUUAG